GUGAGGAGACCUGAAAGUGGCACAUGGCAGAGUGUGGCGAUGGAGACAGCAGCAAUGGGAGGCCGUACAGGACCCAUGACACACUCUGGACCUUCGGCAGCAGCAUGAGGAGGGCGGUACAGGGGCCCAUGACAGAUUACGGGCCUGGCAGCAGCAAUGGGAUGGCCGUACAGGGACCCAUGACACACUCUGACCUGGCAGCAGCAUGAGGAGGCGGGGGGGUACAGGGGCCCAUGACAGAUUACGGGGGCUGGCAGCAGCAUGAGGAGUCGGUACGGGGGCCCAUGGCAGAUUACGGGCCUGGCAGCAGCA